AUAUAAACGGAGUCACUAGGAUGAGGCAGUCACUGCGGACCCAUCUCGGUAAGCUUAUUGUAAGGAUGAUUUGCACGUAUGUUCUAGCUUUAGGCCUCAUUGCCCUGACGCAGGGAUGUACUUGGCUUCCCAAAGUUGACCAGCAAGAGUAUUGCUAUGCGGCAUACGUUUUCGAGGCUGAAGUAAACGAGAAACAUACCCUGGAUGGGUCCUUUGGUUACAGACAUGGAAUUGCUGUCAAAAAGGCAUACAAGUUCGAUGGUAACAAAGAAGACGUCCUGGCCUUUAAAACUCUGUAUGGAAACGGACCAAGGAAUUCUUGUGGAGCACAGAUUCUGACGGAAGGGAAAUCCUAUCUUAUCUACGCCUACAGAGGAUACCUCGGUAAAUUACGUAUCAAUAGAUACCGACCAAUGGAAAACGUCAAAGACUCUGAUAAAGAACGGAUGACUACAAAAUACGACUGUAACUGUAAGAUAACCUUUCCCUUUCGCGGUCCCAGAAUUGAUUUACUCCCGCCAACAAUGGACGAGUGUAAGGUUCCUGGAAAGUACUGUCCUCUGGGAUCGUACUGCAAACGUAACUCGGAUGGUCGAUGUACGUGGGGGACUUUCGGUGACUGCUACUCGUACUAGGUGUAGUAUCAAAAGGAAACCAGACCGUGUGCUAUGUAUACUAUGGUGAUUAAAUGCUCAAAAUGUU